AUGAGACAUCUAUGGAAAAAAGGUUUUGUCUCUAACGAUUACGUCUGGGUUUAUCAUGGUGAGACGUUUCAAAUUUCUGAUGAGAAUAUAUCUGUGAGAAAUACUGAUGUCUAUGAUCAGCCAAAUUCAUAUAUUGAGAUGGUUCAAGAUGCAUUUCCAUCUCAAUAUAAUGAUCAGGUUACAGAAGAUCCGGUGAAUGAGGCAUCGAAAAAGUUUUUCGAUCUAUUAGAGGCUGCAAACCAACCUAUUUAUGAUGGUUGUAAAGAAGGGCUUUCUCAACUAUCGGCUUCUGCUAGAUUGAUAGGGAUGAAGACGAGUUAUAAUCUUACAGAGAACUGCAUGAAUGAAGUUUAUCAAAUGCUGAAUGAUUAUCUUCCCCAAGGUAAUAACGCUCCAGAUUCGUUUUACGAUAUGUCUAAACUGAUGGGAUCGUUGGGAAUGGAAUCGAUAAAAAUCGAUGUAUGUCCUAACAACUGUAUGAUAUUUUGGAAAAAAUCUAACCAGUUGGACAACUGUCGAUUUUGUGGAGCUGAAAGAUACAAGGCGAAAAAAUAUGGUCAACGCAACCGUGUUCCUUACAAAAGGAUGUUUUAUCUACCGAUCAAAGAUCGUCUGCGAAGAUUGUAUGAAUCUCAUCAAAUAGCUUCACAUAUGUGGUGGCAUGCUGAACAUACAUUAGAUCCUGAGAACAUGAGUCAUCCAUCUGACGGUGAUGUAUGGAAGAAUUUUAACGAGGUAUAUCCGAACUUUGCAUCAGAACAUAGAAAUGUUUAUCUAUGUUUAUGCACAGAUGGAUUUGCACGGUAUGGUCAAUCAGGCAAACAAUAUUCGUUGUGGCCUAUUAUUAUGUCUCCUUAUAACUUACCUCCAGAUAUGUGUCUGAAAAAAGAGUUCUUGUUCUUGACGGUUUUGAUUCCGGGCCCGGAGCAUCCGAAGAAAAGUUUUGACAUUUUUCUUCACCCUUUGAUCGAAGAAUUACUUGAGUUGUGGCAUUGUGGAAUUGAUGCAUACAAUGCCUCACAGAAAGAGAAUUUCAAGUUGAAGGCUGUUUUGAUGUGGACUAUAAACGAUUUUCCGGCUUAUGGAAUGUUAUCGGGAUGUAGUACUCAUGGAAGAUUGCCAUGUCUGUAUUACACGUGGCACAUAUGGUGA